AUGAACACACCACUUCCCUUCCUAAUAAACAUUUCCAGUCCUUUAACGGUAUCACCGGAUAAUGAGGAUGCCAAUAAAAGCUGCCGCUUCGACGAAGAGUUCAAAUACAUCCUGCUGCCUGUAUCAUACACAAUAGUGUGUGUGCUGGGCUUGGUGCUCAACUCCGUGGCCAUGUGGAUGUUCCUGACUAAGAUGCGUCCCUGGAACGCUAGCACAGUGUACAUGUUCCAUUUGGCACUGUCAGACAUGCUGUAUGUUCUGUCGCUUCCCACACUUAUCUACUACUACGCCAAUCGCAACCACUGGCCCUUUGGUGUAGUCCUGUGCAAAGCAGUGCGCUUCCUGUUCUACGCCAACCUAUAUUGCAGCAUUCUUUUCCUCACAUGUAUCAGUGUACACCGCUACAUGGGCAUCUGCCACCCAAUCCGCUCGCUCACACUGGCCAAGCCGCGCUAUGCGCAGCUGGUAUGUGGUCUGGUGUGGGCAGCCGUGACAACGUGCUUGAUUCCCAACCUAAUCUUUGUCACCACAACACAGCGGGAUAAUGACACAUUGUGUCACGACACAAGCAGUCCUUCUGAUUUUGAAAAUUAUGUCACCUACAGCUCGGUCGUCAUGACACUGCUCUUCGGCGUGCCCUUUAUUAUCAUCAUGGUGUGUUAUUGCCUAAUGGCACGGGCUCUCUGUCGCCCCAGACAGAUUUCUUCCAGUCAGAGGGGCAAGUCGAGGACGAAGUCUAUUAAACUCAUCACCAUAGUGCUGGUUGUGUUUGCUGUUAGCUUUGUCCCUUUCCACAUCACACGCACCCUCUACUAUACUUACCGUGUCCUGGAGGCAGACUGCUGGAUCCUCAACCUUGUCAACGUCACAUACAAAGUCACACGGCCACUGGCCAGCUCCAACAGCUGCCUGGACCCGAUCCUCUACUUCCUGGCAGGGGAUCACUACCGUUCAAAACUUAUACGAGCAUUCGCUAAGAAGCGAGCAACUGACAAUUUGCAGUCCCCACCAGUCAAAAAUAAUGAACUUGCUUUAGUUUACAAAAGCCCUGCUGUGCAACCAAGUAGUGAUUGUCCAAGCUAGAGCUGUGUGUGUGUAUAUGUGUGUGUGUGUGUGUGUGUGCGUGUGUGUCAUCUCAAAGCAAUGUAAUUUCAUCUCAAAGCAAUGU